AUGGACCAAACUCAAGCCGGCGGUCUUCUCGACCCGCCCGAGCUCACGCCGCUCGAACAAGAGGUUUUGGACGAGUAUGAGCGACUGGCUGACAACAUGAACAAGCUGGCCACUAUUCUCGAACAUCUCGCCUCGAAUCCUAGCUCAGAAAUCCUCGAUGGCCUUCGCGAGCUCGAGCGCAAAACAAGCCUUGCCUUUACGCUUCUCAAAGCCAGUGUUUACAGCAUAGUCUUGCAGCAGGAGAUCGACUGGGGUGAUGGCUCGACGGCGCAGUAA